AUGGCGAAAGAACACAAAUUUACUUUGGCUUUUGAAAAUUCAUUUUGUACAGAUUAUAUAACAGAGAAAGCCUUUAUACCCUAUACUGAAAACAUUGUGCCCGUGGUUCGGGGCGGUUCGCACUACAGCUCGUUCCUUCCAAAAGGGACGUACAUUGAUACAAACGACUUCACUACAGUUAAGGACCUGGCUGAUUAUAUCAUUGAGUUAGACAGACAUCGGGAUAUGUAUCGGGCAAUUCUUCAGCGUAAAAACCAAUAUACCGUUUUACCAAAGACGUCAACAUACCAGAGGGCAAUAUGUCGAUUGUGUGAGAAACUUAACACAGAAAAACACGCAAAUGGAACGUAUCCUGAUAUAGCUGCCUGGAUCUGGAAAAACGGGGGUUGUUUUUACCCUAAAGAUAUCAUGCCUAACUGA